UUUUCCUCAACAAGAACCCCCGUCUGAAGUUCCGAACUGGCCUGGUCACAAAGAGAAAAAACGAAACCCAGUCUAGACUUACAAGUCUCCACUACACCAACCGACCAACCAACCCAACCAACCUAACCGACCGGCCCAGCUGGCUGACCCACGGCUUUACCUUCUUUUCUCCGCCAAACUACAACUCCAACCACCGCCACCUCACCAACGCCUUUUGAAUUUAGCGUGAGGGGGGUUCAGUGAAUUAUGGAAUCCCCGCCACUCGCAGAGCCACAAUCGCCACAACCUAGGGUUUCGGAGGACAUGGAGGCGGUGCACACACCGGUGACGGAAGAGGACCUCUCCUCGGAUCUCUGGGACUUCGGGGCCCUCCUGGACUUCACCGUAGACGAGCACUUCUCUAUCUCCCUAGACCCCGAUCACCCACCACCGCCUAUAGCUCACGAGCCUCUUGAGCCUCCACAGGAGGAGGAUCCGGGCGGUCCGGAUUCCAACCGGAUUCGAAAAAGGGAUCCGAGGCUGAUCUGCUCCAAUUUCCUGGCGGGUCGGAUCCCGUGCGCGUGCCCGGAGCUGGACGAGAAGAUGGAGGCCGUGUCCCGGAAGAAGCGGGCCCGGACCACGACCCGGACGGCUCGGGGCUUGGCGCAGUGCCAGGUCCCCGGGUGCGAGGCCGAUAUCAGCGAACUCAAAGGGUAUCACCGCCGGCACAGGGUCUGCCUGCGAUGCGCGCACGCGAGCGCGGUCGUUCUCGAAGGAGAGACCAAGAGAUAUUGCCAGCAGUGUGGCAAGUUUCAUGUGAUAUCGGAUUUUGAUGAAGGUAAACGUAGUUGUCGAAGAAAAUUAGAGCGCCACAACAAUAGACGGCGAAGAAAACCUGGUGAUUCUAGAGCUGUAGUGUAUAGUGAAUCUCAAGGGGUUGUGCAGAACAAAGACGUCUCUUGUGAUGGGGAAGCAGUACAAGAUGGUUUAUGCUUGAGCAGCCCAAUAGCUGAAACGGAAGCAGUCUUGGAGUCUGAAGAUGGACAAGUUACUACACUCUGCUCAGAUCCUGGUUCCCAGAAUAUCCCUAGUGAUACUGUUGCAUCUUUAGCAGCCUCUGGCGAAACCCGAAUGGAUGGAGGAAAAGCUAAUUCCAAAGGUUCUCCCUCUCCAUUGUACCAUGACAACAAGACUGCUUACUCAUCUAUGUGUCCAACAGGUCGGAUCUCUUUCAAGCUUUAUGAUUGGAACCCAGCAGAAUUCCCCAGAAGACUACGGCACCAAAUAUUCCAAUGGUUGGCCAGUAUGCCAGUUGAGUUAGAGGGGUAUAUUCGCCCUGGAUGUACAAUAUUAACUGUCUUCAUUACGAUGCCAAAAUUUAUGUGGGCGAAGUUACUUGAAGAUCCCAUAUCAUAUCUCAAUGACUUUGUUGCCGCCCCUGGAAGAAUGCUAUCUGGAAGAGGCACAAUACUCGUUUUUGUCAACGACAUGAUUUUUCGGGUUAUGAAAGGUGAAACUUCUGUGAUGAAAGUUAAGGUGAAGGUGCAAGCCCCAAGGAUUCACUAUGUUCAUCCUAUAUGUUUUGAGGCUGGCAAGCCCCUGGAGUUUGUUGCUUGUGGAAGUAAUUUGCUACAAUCUAAAUUUCGGUUUCUUGUAUCUUUUGCUGGAAAGUAUCUUGCGCAUGAUUAUUGUGUUGCGUCUCUGCAUGGUAAGACUGAGGGGGAUACUGCUUCUAGUUGUAACCAUCAGAUGUACAAGAUAUAUGUUCCACAGACUGAACCAGCUCUUUUUGGCCCUGCCUUUGUUGAGGUUGAGAAUGAGUCUGGCUUAUCGAACUUCAUUCCAAUACUAAUCGGUGACAAAGACAUUUGUGCUGAAAUGGAUAUAUUACAGCAGAGAUUUUAUGCAUCUCAUUUUCUGAAAGGAUCAGAGAUUCCAGAUAUUGGUUCUCUGUCAGACUCAUUUGAGAUUUCUGCAAUGAGACGGUCAACGUUUUCUGAAUUUCUUUUAGACGUAGCAUGGUUACUUAAGGAGCCUGCAUCAGAAAAUUUUCAACAGUCUAUCACUGCUUCACAGAUUCAAAGAUUUAAUAGUCUUUUGAACUUUCUGAUAUGCUAUGACUCGACCACGAUUUUGCAUAAACUGUUAGAGAAACUAAAGAUUGUGAUAAGCGACAUGAAAUUUAACAGCACGGUUAAUGGCAGUGAUGCUGAUUUGAGUUUACUACAGAAACACAUUGACAUUGCGAGAUGUAUUCUUCAUAAGAAAUAUAAUAAAAGUGAAAGUUCAGUGCUGAAAUCAGGAUCUGCGUCAAGAGGGAAUUCUGUUUCUGAAAGCUGCUCUCAAGAUAAUGUGCUCUCGGUUCCAAUCAACAGCCAGGAUACGGGGAUAAAAUCAAAUUCUAAGUUAGAAGAAGUGACAUGCUCAACUUGUAGUGAUAGAAGUGAAACUGUUCCCCUGUUGAAUAGAGAGGUUAUCAUGAAUGUUAACCAUGUAAAGGAAUGGCCAAGAAAGUCGUGUGGUGGCAUUGUUUCUAGGACAAUCUUCAGCUCUCGCCCUAGCGUAUUUCUGAUCUCCAUUGCCACGGUUUGUCUAGGGAUAUGCGCCGUUCUUCUCCAUCCUCACAAGGUUAGCGAAUUUGCAGUAUCCAUUCGCAGAUGUUUGUUUGACAGAAUCUAGCAGUGGAUUGAGCCAAAAAGAAAAGCGCUGCCGUUCAUCUGUAAGUAAUUAUUGUACACCAACUCUAGAUUAAGAAAAGCUGUUUAAAGCGUUGGCUUGUGAUUGUACUCAACUCAUUGCUUGAAUUGGAAGCUUGAUAUUGGAGUGCUAAUUGCCACUGCUGCAUUGGUUAAAAAUCCUUAUCCUUUGCAAGGGCGGAUUGGGGGUGGGAGACAGUGGGGUCAAUUAUGCCCUUUGAGAGUGAAGAAAGUUGGGAAUAAUGUAACAUGUAUCUUUCUUUUUUUUUUUUGAUGGUUGCGAGCUAAUGUGUAACAUGUAUCUAAUAGUUAAUUUAUAGUUUUGAAAUUCUUUUAGAUUA